AUGUCCAACUUCGGAGAAAGUAGCCAACCAAUCCACGUCAAACUCUUGACUUUGAACUGUUGGGGAUUGAAAUUUGUAUCGGCCCAUCGACAGGAACGGAUCCAUGCGAUAGCCGAUUUCCUAGCGUGCUCAUCGAGCCUCCAUUCGCGCUCAUGUUCCACGAACUCGCUCGAGCCGUUCUCCGACCUGGGCAACACCAAUCCCUCUGCCAAGACCCCCGCAGCCGGCUCAGAGCUCCCGAACAACAAGUCGUCCGGAACCGCUCAGGCCUCAAACGAGGCCAGCGCCUUCGGCUCGGGCUCCAAAUCAUUCGAUAUCGUCGCUCUGCAAGAACUCUGGGUCUACCAUGACUUCCUUGUGAUCAGGGACCGGGCCAAGGAAGGCGGCUUCAAAUAUAGUAAAUGGUUCCACAGUGCUGCACUCGGUUCCGGUCUAGCCAUCCUGUCUCGAUUCCCAAUUGUUUCGAGUCACUUUCAUCCUUACCUGCUCAACGGCCAUCCACUGCACUUCAUUCAGGGCGACUUUUUCGUCGGCAAGUCUGUCGGAAGCUGUCUCCUAGAUGUCCCCAGCGUCGGCGAAGUAGAAGUCUUCACAACACACCUCUAUGCGCCUCAUGAUGUCCCUGCCCCAGAAUGGAAACGGGCCCAUCGGACUGCCCAGGCUUGGGAGCUUGCGAAGCUCGUCAAGGCUUCUGCCGAACGGGGCCGAACUGUAUUUGUUUGCGGAGACUUGAAUUCAGUACCCUCAUCGCUUCCGAUCACCCUUCUGCAAUCAUACGGACAGCUUCGUGAUUCAUGGAUAGCCUCUCACCCCACUGGAUUGUCGACGAGCUCGCCGAACGAGACGAGCUACCGAACGGCGAUUCAUGAGGAAGGGAUCACCUGCGACUCGCUCAUCAACACCUUCACAGCAGCGAAGAACGCGGCCAAUCGAGGUGCGAAAGGAUACGGCAAGCGGCUCGAUUAUAUCUUAUACCGACCGGCGGCCAAGCGACUGAGCCGGCGCGACCGUCUGGGCCGCUGUCAGACCGAGUUCGUCGACGACCAGACCCUCACCUGCGACCAUUGUGCGGUCAUCCUCACCGAUCCGAUCCCGGUCUUUGGCUACUCGUAUUCGGACCAUUUCGCCGUCGAGGCUUCGUUCACGAUCUAUCCCAAUCAAUCUAUCAAACUAGAGCAGGACGAGCCCGGUCGCGCGGACGAACAGUCGAGCGUCAAGACUGCUGGCCCACCCAAGCUGACGACCGAGCAACUGAACCACUGCAUCUCGGCCCUUAUGGUCAAAUACCGCUCAUCGGAACGCUCGACUCAGGUCCAACUGAGCCUCUUCCUGCUCUGCGUCCUCCUGAUUCCUGGAGUCUCAGUGGCCGCCAGCUUCCAGCCGCUCAAAUACCUCAACUGGAUCUUCACCCUCCUCAGCUUCGCCAUCGGCGGCUUCGGCAUCACCAUGCUUUAUUCCGGCUUCCUCGCCGGGAGUUGGGAACGUUCCGCGAUCCAAGAGGUCUGCGAUCAAGUCGAAUUCGAACUUCAAUCAUCGAUCCUCAUCAAGCACGCCGAUGGCCGUCACGAGCAAGCAGCACAAGCCCAGCAGCUCGGCAAAACUAGGACCGACGCGGACCAGCUGGAUCUCAUGCCAUUCUCGAUCGACUACCAUGGACCGGCGGAGAUAUCGAAGUACUUCCUCACCAGGCCAGCCGCGGCCGCCUCAAACACUACUCCCAGCAGCAGGCCAGAGGAAGCCGACGACCAGCAUUUAGAGUUCUUCGAGGGAUCGUUCAGGGGGAGAUAUCUUCAUGGGACGCGACUCAAGAUCCCAGACGGCUACUCCGGCCUAGUCCUAUCCUCCCCAGAUCCCACGCCCCAGUCCUCUCAUCCGUCCGACCAACCAGGCCCUCCCAUCCCUGCCGUCAAACAAGAAGACACGGCUGCCGAUCGGCCUCCGAGCGCGACGCGCGAAACGGAUCCGAUACACCUGCCAUCACCCUCAUCAUCGCUCCAGAAGACAGAAGACGCGAAGCCCGAUCCACCGACGAUCGCCCCUCUCCCUCCCACCGAUCUUGUAACACCCUCCACCACUCAGUCCUCCAAAGUCCUCAGAUCUAUCGGCCGUUUCGACCACAUCACGCUGUGGAACGUCGACGAUCCGCUCGAUCUGAGCCAGGAUAUUUACGCACGAGCUUUGAAUGAAUGGGUUGGCUUGUCCAAUCUCAUACACUCCCUACCCUCGACGACUACCUGA